AUCACGGACCAGAAGAUUUAAUUCUCCUUGUUAUAAAUGUGAGUGUAGCGCAAUAAGGUAGUUCAGGAGAAUGAGACAUCUACAAAAGAGAAAUUUGAAAACAAUUCACUGGAUUCAACGCCAGUCUGAAACCUUACUUGAUUUUUAUUUGUUACCAGGACUCUUUUAGUAAUUAAGAUGGCCACCUCCUGCAGCUCUCAGUUGAGUAAAUGCGUUAAGCAGCAAUACUUGGAUCUCCCGCAAGGUGACAAGGUGCAAGCUAUGUACUUCUGGAUCGAUGGAACGGGAGAGAACGUUCGCUGCAAAACCCGAACACUGGACUCCGAGCCAAAAAGCAUUGAAGAUCUGCCAGAGUGGAACUUUGAUGGCUCCAGUACCUACCAGUCUGAAGGCUCCAACAGUGACAUGUACCUGAUUCCUGCUGCCAUGUUCAGGGAUCCCUUCCGGAAAGACCCCAAUAAACUGGUCCUGUGUGAAGUGAUAAAGUACAACAGGAAACCUGCAGACACUAACCUUCGUCAUUCCUGUAAGAGAAUCAUGGAGAUGGUGGCGAACCAGCACCCAUGGUUUGGUAUGGAGCAGGAAUACACCAUUCUUGGAACUGACGGGCACCCAUUUGGCUGGCCUUCCAAUGGUUUCCCUGGUCCUCAAGGUCCUUAUUACUGUGGUGUUGGUGCAGACAAGGCCUAUGGGAGAGAUAUUGUGGAAGCUCAUUAUAGAGCCUGCCUCUACGCUGGGGUCGAAAUCUGUGGGACAAAUGCAGAAGUCAUGCCAGCUCAGUGGGAGUUCCAGGUUGGCCCCUCUGAAGGAAUCAACAUGGGAGACCACUUGUGGGCAGCCCGGUUUAUCCUACACCGAGUUUGUGAAGAUUUUGGAGUCAUCGUCUCAUUUGACCCCAAGCCGAUCCCCGGCAACUGGAAUGGAGCUGGCUGCCAUACCAACUUCAGCACCAAGGAGAUGAGGGAAGAUGGAGGCUUGACGUACAUUGAGGCGUCCAUUGAGAAGCUUGCUAAGAGGCAUGACUAUCACAUCCGUGCCUACGAUCCAAAGGGGGGGUUGGAUAACGCCAGGCGCCUGACCGGUUGCCAUGAAACCUCCAACAUCCACAAGUUCUCUGCCGGCGUGGCCAAUCGUGGGGCUAGUAUCCGAAUCCCUCGAACCGUGGGCCAGGAUAAGAAGGGGUACUUUGAAGACCGUCGUCCUUCUGCCAACUGCGACCCCUACAGUGUAACAGAGGCACUGAUUCGUACGUGUUUGCUCGGUGAAGAGGGGGAGGAGCCUGUGGAAUACAAGAACUAAACUGAAAAACUGAACUUCACAUUUUAUUUAGCUGUGUUUUAUAAAUUUGUAUUGGGGGGGGGGGGGGGGCAACGACUAUGGGUAUAAAGUCAAUACCGUACUCUCCAGUAACAUAAGUUGACAGGUCAACUUAAAGCAAAAGGAAUUUAAUAGUAACGUUUUAAAACAAAUCUUAACCUUCUGUAGGGCUUUACAAUGCCUGGACACACCAGCAUUCUACUUUUCUUUAAAUAGAGAGAAAAAAAAAAGCAAGAGCUCGCUAUUGUUAAUGGUCAGUGACAAUUGGUUUCAUGCCCUUGGCAAUCUUACAACACCAAUGCUUAUCAUUCCUAAAUCACUAGAUUGGACUAACAUACCUACUAACAAUUUCUGCUGGACACUAAUGGGGUGGAGAGAUUUCUUUUUUUGGAGGGGGGGGAGUGCAAGGACAUUAAAGUUCCCCUUGGUAAGAGCUCUGUUAUCCUAACUAGGUGGGUUAGUAAUGCACUUUUUUGUAUAUGGAGAUUGUUAAGCCAGCAUGUAAUGUGGUGUGUUUUAACUUAACCAUCUGAUCUGACACUAACACUACAAAAUAGUUUGUCACUGUAAUACUUGUUGCUUCUUGCUGUCUAAGCAUUGUCUAAUAGAUUUGUAUGUCAUUUUGUUAGUAAUUUACAAAUAGUGAACAUGGUGUUUUAUUGAACCAUUAAAACAUUUGUUAUAUUUUUACCAA